AUGAAGAGUCUGAAGGCAAAGUUUAAGAAGAGUGAGAGUCAGGACUGGAGUAAGAGUGAUGAGAGGCUGCUGCAGGCCGUGGAGCAGAAUGAACCGGACAAGGUCUCAGCUCUCAUCGUCAAAAAAGGUCUCUGUCCCACCAAGCUGGACGCGGAGGGCAAGUCGGCUUUCCACCUCAGUGCAUCCCGAGGCCGACUGGACUGUCUGGAGGUUAUCAUCUCUCAUGGAGCUGAUGUGAACGUCCCUGACGGGGCUGGCUUUAGCGCCCUCCAUCUCGCAGCCAAGAACGGCCAGUCAGAGUGUUUAAAGAGACUCUUACAGGAGAGACUGGCAGUUGAUUGCACCGACGGCAUUGGCAGGACACCACUACAUCAUGCAGCGGUCAGUGGCUGCUUGUCCUGCACUGAGACCCUGUGGGACUUUAAAGCCGAUCUGGAUGUUCAGGACAGUGACGAGGCCACCCCUCUGAUCUUAGCAGCUCAGAUGAGCAGAGUGGAGCUCUGUGUGUUCCUGUUGGGACGAGGUGCCAAUGCCAACAUUCAGGACAACCAGGGAAGGUCUGCGUUAAUGUUGGCUUGUGAGAGUGACAGUAUUGAAACUGUAGAGGCUCUGUUGAGAGGCGGGGCCAACACGCAGCUGGUCGACGCCCUCGGACACAAAGCCACAGACUACAGUGUAACCACGGGCAACCAGCGCGUCUCACAGAUGUUGCAAGAUGGAGUUCCUCCAGCUUCUGAGGGCGCAGGCGAGGAGCCCCCGCAGGUCCCCUCAGGCGCCUCAUCAGUGCAGGGGGGGACUACCCCCCGCAAACGGAAAGCUCCUCCACCACCCCGCUCUCCUCUCCAGGUUUUGCCUCCCUCUCCUCAGCCCCGGAGUCCUGCUCGCCCCGGCCAGACCCCUUCUCCGCAGCCUCCAGAAACAAAGCAACCAGCCCAGGCGGAAGACGAGGAGGUGUUCGAGGAGAUUCGACGGCUCCGUCUAGAGAGAGGCCGCCUGCUUCAGAAGAUCAAGGCCUUGGAGCAGCAGCAGCAGAGCGCCAUCUCGGCCUUGGAAGAGUUGUCCCAACUAAAGCAGCGAUUAGAGGAGGCCGAGGCAGAGAGAGACAAGCUGCUUGAGGAGCUGAAGGGAGAUCAUGGUAUUGAGGGCAGUGACUCCGAGGACAUGGAUGAAAUGUUUGACUUCCCAGAGAAGCUGCUCUCCAAGCGCUCCAGAGCCUCCCCUGCUCAGGAUGAGGACACUGACUCAGCCAGUCCCUCCCCCGGCCCUGCAGACCCAGGAACCCUUGCCGAGCUGCGUAAACAAAUAGAGGAACUAACCUCGCAGAACUCCGAGCUUGUUCUCAAAGUACAGAUGCUGGAGAUGUUUGAGAAGGACGACACAGACAUGCAGACCUCCAGCCCGGACUCCGUCCCCUUAGCUCAGUAUGAGACCCUGAGGAAGGAGUUUGAAUCCCUUCAGGAGCGCCUCUCUCAGGCCCAGGCUUCAGACGGCACCUGCAGCGUGGCCGACGAGCGUGGUAAGUCUCAGGAAGGAGGUGCAACCGCAAAGAGUACAGAGGCUUUGAAGGAGAAGCUGAGUGUGUUGGAGGAGCAGUUGGCCUCCUCCCAGUCUGAGCUGGAAGAGCUGAAGGAGCAGAUGCUUCUCGGGGUGCUCUCUGUGGAGUGUGGUCAGGGGGAUAUUGCCAUGGCAGGUGCUGGCACUGAAGGCGGGUCUGGGGCUACAGGGGAGGGUCCGAGCAAAGAGGCGCAGCAGCUUAGAGCGAGGGUGACGGAGCUAGAGGAGGAGCUUGCCAAGACACGGGGCCUGGAGGGGGGUCAGAGUGGCCAGGACAGCAACACAAUCAAACAGCUGACGGAGAAAGUUGAAAAACUUCAGGCUGCUCUGGCCAAGAAAGAGUCUAUGAAAGAAGAAGUGGCGAAAGACGGAGAAAGGAAAGAAACGGAAACGGUGAAGGGCCUACGUGACAAAGUGGCUGAGUUGGAGGCAGCCCUGGCAGAGGGCAGCGUAUCAGGCAAAGAGGGAGGAGCAGGGACAGAUGGAGAUAAGGUCCGUCGUCUGCAGGAGCGUUUGGGAGAGCUAGAGGGGGAGCUGCGGAAGUGUGUGCCACGCUCUGAGCUGGAGGAGGUGCAAGUGAAUCUGGGGCUCCAGUGUGAGCAGCUGGCCAGGGAGAGGGCAGCAGUGGCCAGACGGCUCAACGAUGCCCUGCUGGAUCUGGAGAGACUCAGGCCUCCUCCACGUGGUGGUGAUGAUGAGGAGGAAGAUGAGGAGGAACAUUCGGAGAGCUCGGACCGCUCACCCUCAAGACGAACCUUGGCAGCAGUGACAGAGGAGCUGGAUGUGGCACGACAGGAAGCAGCCCAGGCUCUGGAUUGUCUGUGCGCCGAGCGAGAGAGCAGGGCACUGGACGCCUUGCAGAUGCAGGAUGCUGUGCCUCUGUCAAAGCACAAGGAGGCGCUCUCCGAAGUGUCGGAACAGCUGGCAGAUACGCUGCAGGAGCUCCAGGAGGAGAAGAACCUCCGUUGCAAAGCUGAGGAGCGGGUUGCCGCACUGGAGGCCAAGCUGCAGCCCAUGCAGGACGCCAUAUCCAAAGAGGAGCAUGAGAAAAUCAAGGCAGAACUCCAGCGCUCCCUGCAGGCCAGCGAGAGCAGUGCAGCAGCAGCACGGGACACCCUGACUGAGAAAGAGAUGGAGCUGAGAGACCUGAAGUCCCAGAAGGCCUCAGAGCAGGGCCUCAUCUCCAAGGAGGACCACGAGAGCCUGCGGCUCUCUUUGCAGGUUGAUAUCAACGCCAUCACGGCUCGUUUCAACGACCUCACCCGCAAACAUGAGAAGACGUGCACCGAGGUGUUCCAGGUGCAGAGAGAGGCUCUCUUUAACAAGAGUGAGCGGCAGGUGGCAGAGUCCCAGCUGGCCACGGUGCAGCAGCGGCUCGCCGAGCUACAGGCGCAGUCCAGCCACAUCCAGGAGCUCCACAACAACGUCCAGGAAUCCCAGGGCCUGGUGAAGGAGAAGGACCGCAAGAUAACAGAGCUGUCCAAGGAGGUGUUCCGGCUGAAGGAGGCCUUGGGAGCUCUUUCACCUCCUCUGGGCAUCACGUCCUACUCUUCAUCCACCCAUCUCGGUAACCCCGGGCAGCAAGUGGCACUGCAGAACAGAAUCUCUACUCUCACCCAGCAGCUCCAGGACUGGGAGAGAAAGCACAAACAGGUGGUGACUGUGUACCGCUCACAUUUACUGGCAGCUGCACAGGGUCGAAUGGAUGAAGAAGUGCAGGGCAUGCUACGCCAAAUCCUGAGGAUGACGCAACAGGGAAACUGAUCCUUGGACCAACGUCUCUCUACACAAUCCAGUUGCUCCACAGCUCAGGAUAACGGACAGCAAUCUGUGGGACUAUUGUUAUAGAGAUCUCCUCUAGAAAGCCAAAUACAACUAAUCCGUGAUCAGACAGCUGCAUGCGUACAAUACAGUAACCUAAUCAACAGAGAACCGACUGAAAACCAAGCAGUGACAAACAGACCUGUGGAGUUUAUAACAUGUCAGGGGUUUGCAGCAGUGGUGAUAUAGUAGAAUCAUGUUUACUGAUUGAAAGGCAAUAUGACUGAUUUUAUAUGACAUUGUUAUAAUAAAACAG